CGCAUUCGCGGAGGUGAACAGGACCGGAGUCGACUUGCCGGCUGGAUUCCCGCAACAUGCGGCGUGACGGCCGUGCCGGCGGCUCCCCUCAAGGUCAGCGUGUGAGCACCGUGGGUCCGGACAGCCGGGGUUCGGAGGCGGCUCGGAGAGAUGCCGUCGUUCGGGUCGGCAGCAUCAACCGCGACACCGUCGACAGACGAGCACAGCCGGCCGUCCGCGGCAGCCGCUGAGCAGCGUUAAGAGGGAGCUCGCCUUCCAUUUGUCGCGUCAGCGCCGGAAUUGCACCCGUGUGGCGGGUUGGACAGAACGGCUCGUCAGGUCGGGGUCUUGGCGCGUGUGGCCUUGUGCGCGUUACAAAGUGUCCGGCUGGCCGGGUGAGCGACGUCACGCUCCGAAGCCGGCGCGGCGGAUCAACGUGGACGUUCACCGGGUGUUUCGGACUCUCCCCGCUGUGAAGAGGAGCGACGGCUGAACCGGAAACCUGCCGGGGAGGCGGCGAGCCGUCGUCCGUCUACUCCGUUGCACAAUUACAGCCAACUUCCUCGAACUCGCGUCCCCCCUUCGAGGCAUUCCGCUCGCUCGUCAAGUCCCGUCGCGUUGCCGCCGUCUCGCUCGACAUGUCCCCGCGGAGGACGGCUUCGUCACACCGGACCGGCGCUCCGGCUCGGACGGUGCCGGAGCGGGCUCUGCUGCUCGCGCUGGUUCUGCUGGUUCUGCAAGGGACGCUGCUGCCGCUCGGGGCGGCUAGCUCUCCGGAACUGCACCCGCGGGAGCACGCGAACAACCGCAGCGUCGCCACGAGCCAGCGACACAACGUCACCAAGAAGGCUUUCCCGGUGCUGGACGUGGAGUACCACCACAUCCACAUCCCCUUCGAGAUCUCCCUGUGGGUCCUGCUGGCUUCCAUUAUGAAACUAGGGUUCCACAUGAUCCCGCGCCUGUCCAGCAUCGUGCCGGAGAGCUGCCUGUUGAUCGUGGUGGGACUGGUGGUGGGUGGGCUAAUUGAACUGGCUGGGGAGAAGGUGCCCCCAGUGCUGGACUCAAGUCUGUUCUUCCUCAUCCUGCUGCCACCCAUCAUUCUGGACGCCGGAUACUUUCUUCCCAUCCGUCCCUUCAUGGAGAACCUGGGCACCAUCCUGAUGUUCGCCGUGGUGGGCACGUUGUGGAACGCCUUCUUCGUUGGUGGCUUGCUGUACGCCGUGUGUCAGAUCCAGCCGGACAACCUGUCGGAACUGAACCAGCUGGAGCUGCUGCCGUGCCUGCUGUUCGGCUCCAUCAUCUCGGCAGUGGAUCCAGUGGCCGUGCUUGCCGUGUUCGAGGAGAUCCACAUCAACGAGCUGCUGCACAUCCUUGUCUUUGGCGAGUCACUGCUCAACGAUGCUGUCACCGUGGUGCUGUAUCAUCUUUUUGAUGAGUACUCCGGCGUUGGCACGGUGACGGUGAUGGAUGGCUUCCUGGGCGUGGUCUGUUUCCUGGUGGUGGCGCUGGGCGGAGUGCUGGUGGGGGCCAUCUACGGCAUCCUGGCUGCCUUCACCUCGCGUUUCACCUCCCACACGCGCGUGAUAGAGCCGCUCUUCGUCUUCGUCUACAGCUACAUGGCAUACCUCUCCGCUGAGAUGUUCCACCUCUCCGGCAUCAUGGCGCUGAUAGCAUGUGGGGCCGUGAUGCGACCCUACGUCGAGGCCAACAUAUCCCAUAAGUCUCACACCACUAUCAAAUACUUUCUGAAGAUGUGGAGCAGCGUAAGUGAGACACUCAUCUUCAUAUUUCUCGGCGUGGCCACGGUGGAUGGAGAGCACUCCUGGAACUGGACCUUCGUCACCGUCACCAUCAUUUUGUGUCUGGUGGCCCGAGUCAUAGGCGUCGUCGGUCUAACCUACAUGAUCAACAAGUUCCGCAUCGUGAAGCUGACCAACAAGGACCAGUUCAUCAUCGCCUACGGUGGACUGCGCGGCGCCAUCGCCUUUUCCCUGGGCUACCUGCUGAAGAAGGAACGCUUUGCGAAGAGAGAUAUGUUCCUCACCGCCAUCAUCACCGUCGUCUUCUUCACCGUCUUUGUCCAGGGAAUGACCAUCAAACCCCUUGUGGAGCUUCUGGCUGUGAAGAAGAAGCAGGAGGCCAAGCGCUCCAUAAAUGAGGAAAUCCACACCCAGUUUCUGGACCACCUACUGACUGGGAUUGAGGACAUCUGCGGGCACUACGGGCACCACCACUGGAAGGACAAGCUGAACCGCUUCAACAAGAAGUAUGUGAAGAAGUGCCUGAUUGCGGGCGAGCGCUCCAAGGAGCCCCAGCUCAUUGCCUUCUAUCACAAGAUGGAGAUGAAACAGGCCAUUGAGCUGGUCGAGAGCGGAGGGGGUGUCAAACUGCCUUCCGCUGUGCCCUCCACCAUCUCCAUGCAGAACAUCCAGCCCAAGAAGCCUCCACCUGCGGUGUAUGUAGAAAGGGCGCUGCCUCAGCUUUCUAAAGGCCGAGAGGAGGAGAUAAGAAAGAUCCUCAGGACCAACCUGCAGAAGACACGCCAGAGGCUGCGCUCCUACAACCGACACACCCUGGUGGUUGACCCCUUUGAGGACCACUUCAACAACAUGCUUCUGAAGAAGCAGAGGAUGAUUGAGCUGGAGAAAAAGAUAACAGACAUGGACAAUUACCUGACGGUGCCCGCUUCCACUCCAGACUCUCCGACCAUCUCGAGAGCCAGACUGGCCUCAGACCCGCAGGCCUACAGUAUCAAGUCAAUGUCGGACAGCGUGCCCACCAUCCAGGUGGACCUGGCCUCCCCUCAGUCUCCAGACUCUGUCAACUUGAUGGACGAGUUCAGACGGGCUGACCGUCCAUCGCCACGACGAGAAGAGGAAGGGGAGGAGGACCAGGGCCUGAUGAUGAAACCCUCGUUGGAGGCAAGAGGCAGAGGAGGCGGCAAGGCGGGGGAUUCGGAGGGAGCCAAGGACCCGCAGAGGCUGAUAAGGUGCUUGAGCGACCCAGGUCCCAGCGCGGACGAGGAUGAAGAUCAACCCUUCCUCUAAUGAGGUCGCUCCUUUCAGGACCUGACGGCAGAAACGAGGGGGACCGCUUCCCUAAUCUACUGUAAAUUAUCCCGUGGUUUAGAAACCAAGCAAGCCAAAACUGUUGACAGGAGGAUGAACAGCGUAAGUUGUACAAAAACCAAAUAAGAAGUUAAAUUAAAUUGCUUAAUAGGGGGAAACAGAAAAAAAGAGCCGUCAGUUUGUUAUUAUUAUCAGUCUUUAUUGUAUUUUAUUUUUGAAGAUAAUGGAAUCAUGGGAAAGCAUUAACUUGUAUGGGGGACGAUGAGUUUGGGGUAAAUAGUCGGAGAUGGGAGGAUCUUAACUAUGCAUUACCAAAGGUUUGGACUAUUCUAGUGUCAGAUGAUGUGUUUAUUAGUUGAUGACAUGAGUUUAUGCUUUUACAAUCAUAUUUCACCUUUUAAAAGCCACAUCCUGUCAGACGGGAGCAGCGUGUUGUGCAGGGCCUCUCCCCGAAAUGUAACCAAGGGAGCGUUUUUAUCUGAUAUUUUCCCUUUCGGUCAUGGCACUCUUAUUUUUUAGACAUUCCUUUGAGGCCAGUAUUUUAGAAAAAGUCGACUUGAGGUGCUGGAUGUUCAGACUUACGGACUGUAGCUUGUACAAACAGCGGUUUGCCUUAAUUUGUGUCACACACACACACACAAUCUUUUACUUGUUGCAUUUUGAUCUUGACUGGAACUCUUUUAACUUUUAUUUUUUCAACAUCACGUUUUAAUUUCAGGGGUGCUGAUGGCUUUCAGUGUGAUGUGGUGCCGGCCCAUCUGGCCCGUGGGUUUUCUUGUGUUCAGAGCAUCUAGAUGUUUGCAGACAGUAGGGACGUUUAGAUGUGUUUAGUUGCCGUGCAAAGGAUUGCUCCCUUUUACCGCCUCACUUGUGGAGGUCUGCAGCCUCGUCCCGCAGUUAAAGAAUGUUAGCACCAGUGGCGGCUGGUGCUUAAAAUUUGGGGGGGGGGUGCAGUUUAGCUUGGCGCAGCACACCUGACAGCUGCUUUAAUGUCUCACCCAGGAAGUAUAUGUAUUCAGACAGAAACCAACCAAAUACCAUUUGAACCAACAUUUAAUGCUGCUGACAGGUGCUCACAGACUGAAAAACUCUUUUAUUUCACAAUUAUUUGUGUUAUACAACUAAAUUAUAUCUGACAUGUUUAAGUAGAGUGUCAUCUCUUGAAGUUUGAAGGGGGUGGCGCCCCAGCACCCCUUACUGGCCAGCCACCACCGAUUAGGACUUAAGAAGCUGCAGUGUAAAUUUUUCAACCUCAUCACUCGGCGGUGUUCAAGACAAACGCAACACGAUCAGAGCCGAGGGCUUGCUGUGCUUUACCGCGUUAGGCAAAGGUUGCAGCCAUGCAGCACAGAUAAUGCUAUGGUGUUGGUGGUGCAGCAUGAUUUCCCCAACCAACCUUAAUUUGCACCAGGUAUUUUGUCAGGUCAUGUUUCCGCCACACAUACUGGUAUUUGACCUCAUGUAAGAACUGCCUUCAACAUGGGCAGGGGUGGGUAUUAUGUCUGGAUCUCUCCAGUGUUGGGUUUCCUCCAGCCAUGUUUGUAUUGUGCAGAUUGGCACACAACAUCAUCCAGAAGACGAGCGUCUUCUUGACUCGUGUAUGUUGAUUCAGACCCCUCUAGUAUUAAUUUUUCGAUCACACAAGCCAUAAUCUUACUGUAUGUGCACAUUUUUGUAAUUCUAAAUAUAGCAGCAAAAUCCUGUCCAAGUAAUUUCACCAAAACCCACUCUCGCUCGUCUAGCCUCGAGACACUUGUAGUCCCCGAGUCACCGGCGAGUUUUAGCUUUGUGAAAUACACCUGAAGAAGUCUACGUAUAGGAAUCCAUUCAUGCCCUUUCAUCUCCUUCAAAGCCAAGACUGCAGGCAUGCCAUGGUAAUGAAGUAUUUCUAUGCAGUAAUACAGGUGUAAAAUAUGUAUAUUGAUCAUAGCGUGUUUAUUAAGUCCCUUUAAAACUGAUGUCCUGUAAUUGUGUUUUUGUGGAAAACACCGACACACACAUUCGCUUUUCUACAAAUCUUGAGGCUGAAGUCUAGCAUGAUGGCUAACUGAGGCGGGAGCGAAGCAUCGUCAUCCUCUGAAUACACACAAGCAUCGAAUAAGGUCGUGUUUCUACUGCAACACUAGUGCCCUUUUUCCACGACAUGGUACCGGCUCAGCUCGACUCAACUUUUUCAUUUUCCAUUACUGGAAAGUACCGGCAUUUUGGUAACUGUUACCACUUUCCUGGUACCACCUUUGUCGAGGUUCCAAAAAAACUGGAGCGGGUACCAAAAUCAAUGCAGACCAGCUACACUGAGGGGGUGCUGUUACGGUGAUGAGGGGGUACU